UGGUCAGCCAUGCUGGGGUCGCGGCGCGCUCUGUGCGGGCUCCGGGGGCUUCCCCGGUACCGGGGGGGGUCCCGAACCCCCUCGGCCCCUCAGCACCGCCACCCCCCGCCUCAGCACCGACAUUUUCCGCCCCCUCUCCCCACUUUCCCCUCAGAGCUGGGGCCGGGUCUGAAGAGUUUUGUCCAGACCCUGAAGAACCAGCUGCCACCUUUGGAUGGUGGCAUCCCUGGGGAGGGAUGGACCCCUCCAUGGACCUCCCUGGGCCCGAGACCCCCUGAAGAAGCCGACGUGGUGGUGGUGGGGGGCGGAGUGGUGGGCUGGUCAGUGGCUUACUGGCUGAAGGUGCUGGAGGGCCGGCGGCACGGGAUGAAGGUGCUGGUGGUGGAGAGGGACCCCACGUACUCCCGAGCCUCCACCGUGCUGUCAGUGGGGGGGAUCCGGCAGCAGUUCUCCCUCCCAGAAAAUAUCAGGAUGUCUCUGUUCUCUGCCAGCUUUCUCCGGAAUAUCAACGAGUACCUGGGGGUCCCCAACGAGCCCCCCAUUGAUCUCCAAUUCCAACCCUCAGGAUACCUUUUCCUCGCCUCCCCCAAGGAUGCUGCAGAGCUGGAAGCUGCCGUCCAACUCCAGAGGAAGGAAGGGGCACAGGUGGCCUUGCUGUCCCCCACCCAGCUGAAGGAGAAAUUCCCCUGGAUGAGCACAGAGGACGUGGCUGUGGGGUCUUAUGGUCUGGAAAACGAAGGCUGGUUCGACCCCUGGACCCUCCUCCACGCUUUCCGCCGCAAAGCCACGUCCAUGGGGGUCUGCAGCUGCUGCGGGGAGGUCCGAGGUUUUGUCACCUCAGCUGACAACCCGCAGGACCCGGAGGCAGCCCGCAUCACAUACGUCCAUGUCCACAUGGCAGACAGCCUGGAGUACCAACCAGUGGCUUGUGCUGUCGUGGUCAAUGCUGCUGGAGCCUGGGCUGGGGAGCUGCUGCGGGCAAAGGGGCUGCCAGGGGGGCUGCAGGGACCCCCCCUCCCCAUCCAGCCCAGGAAGAGAUACGUCUUCUCCUGGCACUGCCCUGAUGGUCCUGGCUUCUCCUGCCCCUUCCUCAUCGACACCUCAGGUGCCUAUUUCCGUCGUGACGGGAUCGCUGGCAACUAUUUGGGGGGCAUGAGCCCCCCCGAGGAGGAGGAACCAGACCCCAGCGACCUCUCGGUGGACGACGCUUUUUUCCAGGAGCAGCUUUGGCCUCGUUUGGCCAGGAGGGUCCCAGCUUUUGAGUCUUUAAAACCCCGGGGGUCUUGGGCAGGGUAUUAUGACCACAACAGCUUCGAUCAGAACGGGGUCCUGGGCCCCCACCCCAAAUUAGAGAACCUGUACGUGGCAGCGGGGUUCAGCGGGCACGGGCUGCAGCACGCCCCGGCUGCGGGCAGAGCUGUGGCUGAGCUGGUGGUCAGGGGGGGCUUCCAGAGCCUGGACCUGCAGAGGUUGGGCUGGGAGAGGCUGCGGGAGGGGCAGCCGCUGCAGGAAGGGGGGGUGGUGUGAGGGGUUGGGGGUUUGGGGGGGUUUUUUUUGUUUGUUUUUGAGGGGGUGGAAACCGAAGCGUGGCUGCUGGGGAAACUGAGGCACGGGGUGAUUUUUUUUUUUCUCCCCCCAACCCCUCCAGGCUGUGGAAAUAAAAGAGCAGAGUGUG